AUGGCAGAUGCAAUUCCGGCCACAGUUGGAGUUGUUGGGGUCGGAACUAUAGGCUCUGCAGUGAUCCGUGGCCUGUGCACUCCAGGUCCUGAGACCCCACCCCAGGGACUUCGGGCUGUGGUGCUGUCACCCAGGGGUGCCUCCAAGGCUGAGGCCUUACGCAAGGAGUUCCCGGACAUCGUGCGCAUUGCUGCCAGCAACCGGGAUGUCGUGGAUGAGGUGGAUUGUGUGCUUGUCUCUGUGCUGCCGAAACAAGUGGAGUCAGUUCUGCGGGAGCUUUCUUUCCGACCAGAGCAGCAGGUGAUUUCACUGGUCGCAGGGCUGCCGAUCGAGAAGCUGCGUUCUUCCUGCCUUCCUGCGCGCACUGUGUCCAUUGCCAUUCCCUUUCCUUCUGUGGCCAAAAAAAGUGGAGCAGCUCUUCUCCUACAGCCUGGCCCAGCUGCUAUUGGCAUCUUCCGUCGCUUAGGCCGGCAUGUGGCCGUGGAAGACGUGGAGCAAUUCAGGCGACUGAUGUGCAUCUCUGGUCUUAUGGGAAAUUUUUAUAAGCAGCAGCUCACAGCCCAGAAUUGGCUCACACAAGGCGGGGUGCCGGCUGAGGUAGCAGCCGCAUGGACCUCUGCAGCCUUCGGGGCUUUUGCAGCAGACAGCGCGGGCGCCACGUCGGAGACGUUUAGCGAGCUUUUGGCGGAGCAGACGCCCGGCGGCCUCAACGAGAAAGUGUGGCAGCUCAUGGAGGAGGAUGGAAACAAUGAAGCACUUGGCUAUGUGCUUGAUGCCGUCCACCACCGGCUCAGUCUCGGCUCCUUUGAUCCUGGGCUUGCACCGGCUGUGCGUCGAGGGGCUGCGGACCCGCAGAGGGGAUCGCCCAUGGCGCUGUUUGCAGCCUUUCUUUCCAUGUGGCGGCGACGGCGUGAGCGUAGGCAGGGACGAAGCUCUCUGUAG